CUCUCUCUCUCUCUAGAUCUCUCUUUCUCUCUCUAAACUUGCAUAUUUUGGGAAUUCUCAGAGCAAGAAAUGCACAAUCCUUGAUCACAUAGACCUUCCAAUUUGCUAUGAUGCUUAUGUCUGAAGAAACCAGGGCGAUGUUAAGCAUCUACGAUGAUCCCUCAGAACAAAGAUCAUUAUCUCUCGAUGAAACUAGCAGCACGGAGGAAUCUCCAGAAGACACAAGGCUCUCCUUAGAGACAUCAAACGACUCCAUUCCUUACAUUGGCCAGAGAUUUGAUACCCAUGAUGCUGCUUACGAAUUCUAUAGCCAAUUCGCCAAGCAAUCUGGCUUCUCAAUACGCCGUCAUCGAACCGAGGGAAAAGAUGGGGUCGGCAAAGGACUAACUAGGCGAUACUUCGUCUGCCAUCGAGCUGGCAAUACUCCAAUAAAGGUCUCGAAUGAAACUAAGCCACAGAGAAAUAGGAAAUCUUCUCGUUGUGGAUGUCAAGCUUACUUGAGAAUUAGCAAGAACACUGAUAUGGGAGUUUCAGAAUGGAGGGUCACAGGCUUUGCCAAUAAUCAUAAUCAUGAUCUCUUAGAACCUAAUCAAGUUCGAUUUCUUCCUGCUUAUAGAACCAUAUCAGAUAGUGAUAAGAACAGGAUCUUUAUGUUUGCAAAAACGGGGAUUUCAGUUCAGCAGAUGAUGAGACUGAUGGAGCUCGAGAAGUGUGUAGAACCCGGAUUUCUGCCUUUCACGGAGAAGGAUGUGAGAAACCUUAUUCAGUCAUUUAGAAAAGUGGAUCAAGAGGAAGAGAGUAUUGAUCUCCUUAGAAUGUGCAAGAACAUCAAGGAAAAAGAUCCUAACUUUAGAUAUGAGUUCACUGUAGAUGCUAGUAAUAGAUUGGAGAAUAUUGCUUGGUCGUAUGCUUCAUCAAUACAGUCAUAUGAGGUUUUUGGAGAUGCAGUUGUGUUUGAUACAACACAUAGACUAAAUGCUUUCGACAUGCCACUUGGUAUUUGGGUGGGAAUGAACAAUUAUGGCAUGCCUUGUUUCUUUGGUUGUGUGCUUCUAAGAGAGGAGAAUGUGCCAUCUUUUUCAUGGGCAUUAAAGGUGUUUCUAAGUUUCAUGAAUGAAAAAGCACCUCAGACAAUUCUGACUGACCAAAACAUGUGUCUCAAAGAAGCGAUAGCAGUAGAAAUGCCAACAACAAAGCAUGCCCUUUGCAUUUGGCUCAUUGUCGCAAAAUUUCCAUCUUGGUUCAAUGCAGUUCUCGGAGAGCGAUAUAAUGAGUGGAAGAGCGAGUUCUAUCGGCUCUAUAAUUUGGAAGAAAUAGAAGAUUUUGAGCUGGGAUGGAGGGACAUGGUGGACUCCUUUGGGCUUCACACAAACAGGCACAUAUCCAAUUUGUUUGCGUUUAGGAUGCUUUGGGCUUUGCCAUAUUUGAGAAGCCAUUUCUUUGCUGCAAUGACUGCAUCUGGCCUGUCAAAAUCGAUAAAUGCUUUCAUUCAGCGGUUCCUCAGUGCGCAGAGUCGACUUGCUCAUUUCAUUGAACAGGUCGCCGUGGCUGUUGAUUUUAGAGACCAAGCCGGAGAACAACAAACAAUGCAACAAAACCUACAAAACAUCUGCCUCAAAACCGGUGCUCCAAUGGAAGCUCACGCCGCUACAGUUCUCACUCCUUAUGCUUUCUCCAAGCUCCAAGAUGAGCUCGUAAUGGCCGCUCACUACGCCUCAUUCCAAAUGGAAGAAAAUUGUUUCCUCGUCCGCCACCACACAAAAAUAGACGGUGGUAGGAAAGUGAUUUGGUCAUCUCAAGAUGAUCUCCUCUCUUGCAGUUGUCAGAUGUUUGAAUUCUCUGGAAUUUUGUGUAGGCAUUCUUUAAGGGUGCUCUCGACGCUAAAUUGCUUUCAGAUUCCUGAUCGGUAUUUGCCUAUUAGAUGGAGGAGGGUGAACAGUUUGCCUUCGAGAUUAGUGCAGGUGGCGACUGUAAAUGAGCAGGCUGAGAGGGUUCAGGCUCUGCAGUCUAUGGUUUCGUGUCUUGUAUCUGAAGCCGCCAAAUCGAAGGAGAGGUUGGAUGCUGUGUUUGAGGAGGUUUCGGCUCUUUUGUCGCGGGUUAGAGAGCAACCUGUUGCAUUGCAUGGUUUUAGAGACGGUGUGUAUAGAAAUAGAUGAUAUUUUGUAUCGGUCGGCGUAUCUGUGACGAUGUUUUGCAUCUCUUGUAGAAAAUCAAUUGCAAUGAAAAUGUGUGGAUUGUGUUUUUUAUUUUUAUAUUAUUAUUAUUAUUAUUA